AUGGCUUUAGAACUGCAUGCCAUUAAAGACAGCAUGAUCUUCAAAAAGUGCUGGACCAACCAAGUGUUGGAGGUGUCAAAAGACCAAGCAGAUACAGAUAACACUGAACAUUGUGAUAGAAAUGAAGUCUAUAGUCUUGAGGAGGUCUACGAUAAAAUAUUCCAGACCUGCUACACCAACUACAAAAGGCUUCAUGAAAAUCUUAAGAGUGGGGAACUUCUUCUAGAGGAAGUAGACAGCUUCUUUGACGUCUAUAAUGGAAGGUAUGAAAACUUGAAAAAAGACUUAGACAUGUGGAGAGUAGACCCAUCGGAUGACAGAAAAUGGAUCACAGGAAGGAUUAAACAAAUUCAGGAGUACCAAGAUGUUCAUCUGACAAUGGAAUCUUCCAAAAUCAUCAUGGAUUUAAAAAACAUGCUGUGUCCAGAAGGAGAUUUCAGUAUAGUGGACACAUUGGUUCAAAUGAAUGAAUGCAACUUAAAGAAAAACAAACUGAACUGCGUAAGUAACAAACUCAUACGUGCAAAAGAUAUCCUGAAAGACCUUACAGAUGACCGCAAGAAAUGUCUUCAAGUACUCAGCCAGAGGCAAGAGUUUGUUGAGUGGGCUAAAAAUGAACUUAAAGAUAUCAAUGAGCUGAAAGUUUUUGUUGACCUGGCAUCAAUCUCUGCUGGAGAAAAUGACAUGGAUAUCGAUCGAGUGGCCUGUUUUCACGAUGCUGUGCUUGGUUACUCAUCCAUGCUUUAUGAACUCAAGAGGGACUCUGAUUUCAAUAAGUUCAAAGAUUCCUUGUCAAAGCUGUGGAAGGCACUUGAUAAUGACAGAGAGCUACCCAAGAAGCUGUGUGAUACUGCACGUCAUCUGGAAUGGUUGAAGACUGUUAAAGAGAGCCAUGGAUCCGUGGAAUUUUCUUCACUGUCUCUGGCUAAAUCUAUCAACGAGAGGGGUGUCUAUAUCAUCAAGGCUCAAAACCAGAAAAAGGUUGAUUUAGAGAAUUCUCUGACACUACAAAUUAAAGGUGGACAUGAGGAAUAUGUGACAUAUACCUUCGAGGACCUGAUAGAGCUACAAAAUAAGCUUAUGCUUAUGUCUGGAAAAAAACAAAAAAAUCAGAGUGAAGUGGAGCGCUUCAUUGAGGUGUUUGAGAACAUCCAAAGACUUGCCAAAGCAUUUGUAGACCUUUACGUUGCAGGGAAUCCACUUUUCAGAUGUUGGGAAAUUAAGAUUUUUACAACUCACAGUGACCCAUGUAUCACUAUGGAAAUCAAGUUUUGCAAGACCUUGUGUGGCUUCCAAGUAAAUGGAAGUUUAGUUGAACAACUUACAUCGUUAUCCAAAACCAUGGAGACAUUUCUUCAUGAAUGGCGAACCUUCAUGGACAGUCAAAGAAAUGAUAACUACUAUUUAAACUAUUUCACAGCAGAACAAAUAUUCUACUUGUGCAGUGUUGUGACUCCAGCAAACAUGAAUGCAGAAAUUGAUGACAAAGCACUGACGAUGCUUUCUUUUAUCAAACCAAACUGCACAACAUCAGAUGUCUGGGGUACUUGGAAAAGGUUUCUUAACCACUAUAAGCCUGGCAAAAAGGAGCCAUCGUCACCCAGCGAUGGUCAUUUUGCACACGACAGUGACUCACCAGAUGAGGCAGACAAGCCUGUUGGUUUGAAAGAAUUGGAGAAGUUGUGGAAUGACUACAUAAAGAACAACAAAAUAUUUUUCCAUGACCUAUUAGACAUUAGGAGUUUAGGAGGUCUCUUGCAGAUGAUGACAGAAAACCUAGAUCAGAAUGAAUUGGAAGACGAACCGGUACUCUCAAAGAUGAAAGACCAUUCACUCAGAAGGAAGUUUCCAAAAGGCCUAAAGUCAAAACAACCUAAUCUCAUAAUCUGCCCACAUGAUGAGGUCCUCACUUCAAGUAUCUGCUUGUAUAUGAAUGACUACUACGGGUCACUGCCAACUUAUGAUGAAGUGCUUUUGUGUUCCCCUUCAACAUCUUAUGAACAAGUAGAGCUUUUCCUGAGAAGAUGCCUCACAUCAGGUGACACUGGCCAGAAGAUUUACACAAUGCUGUGGGCAGACCAGCUUUCCUAUGAUGUUAGCUGUGCAAUGGAAAAGUGUUUUCACAAACUGCAUUCCCAUAAAAAGGAUUACAGGCUAGUGAUCUUUUGCAGCUCUGACAGGGAACACACUUACAUUCCUAAUGCAUUCAGUCAAUACAAAACAGACUUUGUGCCACAAGAGCCACUGAAAAGGAUUCAACAGUAUUUGUCCCAGCAUUACACCGUCAUCUCAGAUUACAAGAAUGCUAUGUUCAAAGGUGGCCAUUCUCUGGGUAUUGUUGCUUCCAGUCGGGCAGGAGUAGGCAAAUCCUUGUAUGUCCAAAGAUUGUGUGAAAAACUCGAGAAAUGCGUUGAACAAGGAAGUGUAUUUAAGAAGUGUAUCAGACUAACUGAACAUGAAGUUGAUGACCACAAGAUUCUCCAGUUUUUGUAUGACACACCAAAACAAAAAGAUAUUAAGGUGUUUCACUUUGAUGUCACAUCCUCUGUACAAAAGGGAUUGAAUGAAUUUAUAUUCAAGCUUCUCUUUUUGCGGUACCUGAUGGAUUCAGAUGGACAGAUGUGGCUCUGCAGACAGAACCACUUGUAUAUCAUUGAAUUACUAGAGUCAAAUGAUCAGAUCAACAGUUUGGGACGAAAAGAAAACUUUGCUUUCACAGAUGUUUUCCCAAAGGUGAUUUGUCAUUCACCAAAAAAGGUUAUGGCUUUGGAAAUGCAAAAAGAAGAAAAUCCAGACAUGGACUGUGAUGACCCCCUCAUGGAUGAUGAAUGUUUCAGGAGUGAAGCUUAUCAAAGACCAUACCAGUACCUCACACGUUUUCACAACAGUAGCAAUCUUGACACCUUCACUUACCGAGGCAUUGAAGGGACUCAUGCAAAGUGUCUUCAGAUACUCUUAAUCUAUUGUGGUAUAAUAGAUCCAUCAUGGGCAGAGCUGCGUAACUUUGUGUGGUUUCUUAAUCUUCAGUUGAAAGACUGUGAGAAUUCAGAUUUCUGCAAAUUUGAGUUGGUUGGAGACACUCUUUGUGGGUUCAAAAACUUUGUGGUUGAGUUCAUGAUCUUGAUGUCCAAAGACUUUGCAACACCAUCACUAUGCAUCACUGACCAGAGCCCAGGGAGGCAACACGUUGACAUCAGUGGACUAAAAGAAAAAGAUUUAGCCCCAUUCCUCAUUAGAAAAAGGUGGGAAUCAGAGCCACAUCCAUACAUCUUUUUUAAUGAUGACCACAUGUCCAUGACAUUCAUUGGAUUUCACCUUAGGCCCAAUGGGCAGGAAGGGUUUGAUGCAGUAAAUCCUUUGACAGAAGAAGUGAUAAAGGAAAACAUCAUGACUCGACAGCUGUACAAUGGCUUAAAACUUCAGAGAGUUCCUUUUAAUACAGACUUUGAUCAGCUUCCUAGAGCUGACAAGAUUGAGCAUCUGUGCAGUGUGCUUGGCAUCAAGUGGCCAACAGAUCCCGAUGUAACAUAUGAACUGACCACCGACAAUAUCCUCAAAAUGAUGGCAAUUCAUAUGAGAUUCAGGUGUGGCAUUCCUGUCAUCAUAAUGGGGGAGACAGGAUCUGGCAAAACGAGGCUGAUAAAAUUUAUGUGCGAACUAAGAAGAUGUGGAGCACCAGCAGAAAACAUGAAACUGGUCAAGGUUCAUGGAGGAACUACGUCAGAAAUGAUUUAUGAGAAAGUGAAGGAAGCUGAAACUGUUGCAAGGACCAAUAAAGAGAAUCAUGAUCUUGACUCAGUUCUUUUCUUUGAUGAGGCAAACACUACAGAAGCCAUCAGUAGCAUCAAGGAGGUCCUUUGUGAUAAUUCAGUGCAAGGAGAAGAGCUCGUCUCUAAUACAGGCUUACAGGUCAUUGCGGCCUGCAACCCUUACAGAAAACAUACAGACACAAUGAUCAAGCGGCUGGAAGCUUCAGGACUGGGCUACCGGGUUCGGGCUGAGGAGACUGAAGACAGACUCGGCUCUGUCCCUCUCCGCCAGCUUGUGUAUCGUGUUCAUGUGUUACCACCCAGCAUGAUAUCUCUUGUUUGGGAUUUUGGACAACUCAAUGACACAACAGAGCAAAUGUACGUCAAACAAAUAGUGCAAAGACAGGUAAUAGCCAGUUCAGCUGAGAAUGACAAUAUCACAACAAUAAUUAAAGUGUUACUAUCAUCACAAAAGUUCAUGAGAGAGAGGAAAAAUGAAUGCAGUUUUGUCAGCUUGAGAGAUGUUGAACGUUGCAUGCAAGUAUUUCUGUGGUUCCACAAAAAUCACCCAAUGUUUGCUGAAGCUCUAAAAGCCUUUUUACAGCAGCAAUCACAGAGAAAACAAAACAAACUACCUGCUAGUAACAGAGUAAUCUGGUCACUCUUGAUGGCUACUGGAGUGUGCUAUCAGUCCUGUUUGGAGAGCAAAGAAAAAUAUCUGAAAACUAUCAGCCAAAUUCUUCCUGUUGAGUAUACACCGCAAAGCAUACAGCAAGAAAUUCAACUCAUGCAGGACCUCCUGCUCAAUGGUGUUCCCAUGGCUGAGACAAUAGCCAGAAAUGAGGCUUUAAAAGAAAACUUUUUCAUGAUGGUGGUCUGCAUUGAGCUGAGAAUCCCCCUGUUUAUUGUUGGGAAACCAGGAAGCUCCAAAUCACUAUCUAAAACUCUAGUUGCAGAUGCAAUGCAAGGUCCUACAUCACAUUCUGACCUCUACAAGAAGCUGAAGCAAAUACAUCUGGUGUCUUUCCAGUGUAGCCCUCAUUCAACUCCUGAAGGAAUCAUCAACACAUUCAAGCAAUGUGCCCGCUUUCAAGAAAGCAAAAACCUGGAUGAAUAUAUCUCAGUAGUUGUUCUUGAUGAGAUUGGAUUGGCUGAGGAUUCCCCGAAAAUGCCACUGAAAGCACUGCACCCAUUACUGGAAGAGGGCUGUGUUGAUGAUGAGCCAAAACCUCAUAAAAGGGUUGGGUUCAUUGGAAUUUCCAACUGGGCACUGGACCCUGCCAAGAUGAAUCGUGGAAUUUUUGUGUCCCGUGGAGAUUUAAAUAAGCAAGAGCUCAUCAAAAGUGCCAGUGGAAUCUGCUCAUCUGAUCAACAUGUUCUUGAAAAGAUCAAAAACCUGUUCCAACCUUUUGCAAAAGCAUAUAUGACAGUAUGCGAUAAAAGCAAAGGAUUUUUUGGUCUGCGAGACUUCUACAGUCUGAUAAAAAUGUUAUUUUCAAUUACCAAAACAUCUAAUGAACCUCCUAAAGCAGAUCAAAUCACCGGAGCAGUCCUGCGAAACUUCAGUGGAAAAGAUGAUGUUGAUGUAAUUGACAUAUUCAGCAAAGAACUCAGAGAUUACUUUUCCAAUGCCAGAAUCCCAACUAUUGAUAUGGUUGAGCAAAGCAUCUCUCCAGCUUCUCAAAUGGAGGAAAGUCGUUACCUUUUACUCCUCACAAAAAACUUUGCUGCUCUUCAGAUUCUACAGGAGAAAUUUUUCUCUCAUCACAUCCACCCAGAGAUAAUCUUUGGGUCGAGUUUCCCAAAGGAUCAGGAAUACACACAGAUUUGCAGGAACAUAAAUCGUGUCAAGGUGUGCAUGGAGACAGGACAGACAGUUGUGCUUCUCAACCUUCAAAAUCUGUAUGAAAGUCUGUAUGACGCUUUAAAUCAGUACUAUGUGACGCUCGGAGGUCAAAAUUAUGUUGACCUUGGAUUAGGAACACAUCGUGUGAAAUGCAGAGUUCACCAAAACUUCAGGCUCAUCAUCAUUGAAGAAAAGGAAGUGGUUUAUGAGCAGUUUCCAAUACCACUGAUUAACAGGUUGGAGAAACACUACCUUGACAUCAACACUGUCCUCACAGAGGAACAGAAGGUUAUUGCCAGACAACUGGAGGAAUGGGUCAAUAAAUUUGUCUCCUUAAGUAGUUGCUGCUCAGAAAAGAAGUAUGAUCCAAGUGAUGUGUUCAUCGGCUACCACUCAGACACUUGUUCCUCUGUGAUCAUGCAAGUAACAGAGAGUCAGAGUACUGAAACGGAUGCUCAGGCCAUUUUGAAGAAAGCCAAAGGCAUUCUGCUCAACUGUGCCACUCUGGACUCAGUGGUUCGUUUGGAAAAAUCCAAACUUCCUGAUGAGGAACGAGAGUGUUUAUUACAGGAAUAUGUUAAAGAUGCAAUGCACAGUUCACUGGGAGACUACAUUGUAUAUCACACCCAGCAGCCCCAACAGUCACACUUCUUAUUUACUGAGGUUACAACCUUUUCCAGGCUACUCACUGGCGCAGACACUCAAGAGCUACAGAGUCUGAUAAACCUUGAUGCUGUUCAGCUGCUAUUCCUGCAGCAGUUUGACACUGAGAACUCAUUCCUCAAAAAAAUCAGGGAUUUUCUGGGCUCAACACAUAAAGACAAAGUGCUCAUUAUCCAAGCAGAGUAUCAUGAAGGAUUUCACAAAAGAAACAUUAUUUCCUUAGCCAAGUAUGUGUGCUUCAAUGAAAUAAACAAGAGUGACACUACUGAUGACACAAAGACAUUUGUGUACUUUGUCAUCAAACUACCUCGCAUGGAGGGUGGUACCUCCUAUGUUGGGUUUCAAGGCGGUCAUUGGACGUCUGUUCACAUUGAUGAUCUCAGAAGAUCAAAAGAGUUUGUUUCAAAUGUUCUUUCCUUGAAAAAUCAGUGCAUCAGUGAUCUUUUUAAAGAUCCACCUCAGGGCACGGGGACAGAAGACUCCACUAGUGUGCCACAGAAAUAUGAGCCCACAGCAUUGGAAUGUUUGUUUGAUACAACAAAUUUGGUGAGAAGUUGUGUUCAGAGUGCAGUGAGCAUGCUGAGAGAUGAAGCAAACAGUGGUGAAUUCAGCACUAAGAGAGUUGAGAAUCUGCUCACUCUUCUGGAUGGAAGCUAUACUCAAGGAUUGUUUGCAAAAAUUGUGAGGAAGCGACUUCACUCACUGUUAAAGGAUUAUGAGGCCAACAUGCCCAUUCUAAAAAGCUGGGUCCUAAAUGAGGCAUCUAAUGACAGUGCUCUUCAAGAAGGAGGGACUUUCCUGCACACACUGUGGAGGAAAAUCCAAGCAGUUGUCACCCCACUUCUAGCCUACUUGGUCUCAAUCAUUGACCGAGAUUGCAAUAUGGACCUUCUCCGGGAAGAUGAAGAACACAUUGGGAACCUGUGGCUUGAGAUUUUUGGAAACAAAGAGAUGCUCAGUUUGCCUUAUGUCAGGGUGGAAAACAAAGUAUUCAUGGUACAAAGCCAUGUCACAGGUGGACAUACCAUGUUCUGCCGCCUGCCCUUCAGCUGGUGGAUCAAAGAGUUCCUAGAUGGGCUCAUGAUGCAAGCAUCCAGACAUCAAACUUCUUCAUCUAGCCAGUUCUAUGAUUUGUUUUUGAAAACUCCAAUUGGCACUUACAUAGCAGGAAAGGAAAUAAAUGAAAAAAUGAAGAGAAGAUUUUUCAAAACGUAUCUACAGGAUUUUGUUUCGAUGACCAUGAAAGUGGCAUCAGACGAAGAAUUACAGGUUUUGGAUGUCUAUGCAGCCAAGGCAUGUGUUGAAAGCCUGGAACCUUCUAACUUAGAGAAUGAUACUGUCUGCCAGCGCUGGCUGAGGAAGGUGAAGAAGGUGCAGGCUUCUUUGGAGUUGAUUUGCUCCCAAAGCAGUAGCAAACAAUACGGUGAGCACUGCCGGAAAGUACUCCAUGAUGUCAGUAAUGGCUGGAAGCGUAUCUACAUCCUUUCUUUUUUUGUUGAACAUAUGCUACUGGGUUUCCGAAAUGAAGACCGUCAGCUCAGGACACAUGUCCUUAACACCAUUAAAACUCUUAGCAAUGUUCUGCAGGAAAACUCGGACAUAAAAUCUACAAAAGGUUUUGAAGCUGUAGUUAAAGUCCUGAAGUCCUGCAAACAGGAGGCAACUACUCAGCUUUUCAGGUUUGGCCUUGAGUGUGGGGUGUGCAUGAGAGAACCUCAGGAAACAGUGGGACUGCCAUGCAAUCACAUCUAUUGCUUAACAUGUAUUAAGAACAGCCUUGAUGCAGGACGGACAUCCUGUCCAAGGUGCCGCCAACAAUUACCAGAUGAUUUUCAACCACAUGUUUCUGAAGACAUAAGCGCAUCUGUGAAGAAAAAUGCAGAAUUCAGGCGAUGCUGCAAUGGUUUCUUUGUUGAUCUGCUCUCUGCCGUGUGCUUCAAAGAUAAUACACCUCCAGCCGAAGGUGUCAUCACCCACCUCUUGUCCUAUCUAAUGAUUGAGACAGGUACUACUUACUAACAUAAACAGAUUCACACCAAAGUAUUAUCACCAUUUGAAGAGUCCCAAGAUAAAAACCCAGUUGUGCGAUCAGUAAUCCUCAAACUGCUACUGAAGUUCAGCUUUGAUGAGGUUCAGAAAUAUUUGCAGCAACAUUUUUCAUCUGUUGAAGAAAGCAGAUUUGUGGAUGAUGGGGACAGAGCAGAGCUCUAUGCUUUAUACAUCAACUGCUUGGAGGACUCCAUCUGGGAGAAAAUGCCGCUGGAGGGUAACAAAGCUGCAGAGUUACAAUGUUUUACUAAUGAAACACAGUUCCUGCGCUUGUUUUUGGAAGAAGACACUUCUGCUCCAGCAACAGUCUGUAUUCAACACCUGCAACAUAUUGCCCGAUUGCGUGUGACGCUCACCAUGGCUGCAAAGCUCAUCAGUGACAGACUGCCUGGCAACAAUGUCCCAGACAGAGCAGAAGAUUUUCUAAACAUGGUGAUAAAGCUCUGUGAGGACAGUGGGAAUGACUGGUAUCGUGUUUACCUCAUCCGCAAGCUCAGCGAAUCACAGGGUGUGGAGUACGUCCAGACAAUGAUGAAAAACCCUGAGUUCUUCUGGAUUUUCCCUGAAGAGAUACAUCAGCAGAAUGAAGAUGGAGGCCUGAUGGACCAGUAUCUUGUGUAUGGAGAGGAGUACAAGUCCGUGCGAGAAGCAGUUGCCAAGGCAGUAGUGGACGGCGAUGUCGAGCAGAUAGAAGACGCCUGUGAGAGAUGCACGGCAUCACCAAAGAAUCGGACAGUGUUUCUCCUGCUGGCUCUUUUCCGAGAGGUUACAACUCUGUACAGAUCUGAAAACAGGGGUCUUCAUCCUACUCCUGAGCAAUGUCUUGAAUUUGACGACCUCAUCGAGGGCUCAACGUAUCUGCAUCAAGCAGAAGUAAGACGAUUUGCCUCAGCCUUGGUUUACAACAGGUUGGGAGCGCUCACCGUCCAGCCUGGUAGUGCUAUCAUGGAGAACACCAUCACUGAGCUGAUCAUUCAUCUGGCAGCUGUGCUGCUCACUGGGAAUCAUCACCUGCUGAUGCCACUCAAGCAUCUCGGUCUGUCUCCUGAAAAUAUGCAGAGGGCUUUUAUACCCACAAUGCCUGAUGACAUGUUAGCUGUUGCCCAGGCAGCCAUGAAUUAUCAGGGCCAGCUCACUUGGUAUGGUAAGUAUUACUCCUUUUAUAUAUUCUGUCCAAAUAAUCAUCCAUGCUGCGUUGAUAUGUGCGGCAUGCCCAUAGAGAGAGGCCGAUGUCUGGAGUGUGGUGAAGAAGUUGGAGGAGAACAUUACACAGUUGUGCCUGGAUUCACAAAAGUUCAGUUGCAUGAGGAUCAAACACGUCCCGGUCACAUUCUGGGAGACCCUGAACGGAGAAAUAACCCAGAUGCUUUAGACACCAAACACAUGUCUCUGACUCCCUUUACUCUGGUCAGGUUGGUUACACAUUUGGCCAUGAUGCUGGGAGCCUCAGAGAAACCUGAGGUUGUCCAACAGAUAAUCCAGCCACCCGUGAAGGACGUCAGUUUGUUUCUCAGGCUGCAUAUAAUAAAGGAUCUUGAACAGCUGUCCCAGGCACUGGGAAAAGGAGCUGACGACAACAUAACAUCUGUUCACUUGGUGCUCAAAUCACUGCAGGAGCUACCACGGGCCAGUUCCACUACUAUCGACCCUUACCUUACAUCCAAAGAAUCCAGAAACACCUGGGAGACUACUGUGGCGACAGAUAUUAUGACACCAAAGUUGACGGAUCUUGACCAACUCCUACAAGAGGCAAACGGAAACAUUAGAAAUGACUCCCGUGUAUCUUCCAACUUCAUCAUAAGAACGAUCCACGGUGAUGACUUUAGCUUCCUCGCCUCACUGCAACAGUGCUCUGAGGUCGACAGCUCAGCAGUGUGGAGCUGCAGGGAGAGGCUGUCGCUGCUCAGCCUCACACACAUUAUGGAGACUAAUGAUCAAAAGGAGGAGCUCCCCCUGCUCUGGAGGUUCCUGCAGAAGGAGAGAGAAUUUCGGCUUAUCAAAUUCCUCCCAGAAAUCCUAAACCUGCAGAAACGUUUGGUGAGAAAGUACCAAAAUGCAACUGAAGAUAUCGUGGGCCCCAUCAGAGAAUUCAUUGAUCAGCAAACAGAAAUGAGGCAAUGGUAUCAAAAACACAUUGAGACCUUCCUGAAAACAUGGAAUCAGCUGAGAGUUUCUGUUACCAGCAAUGAAAUAAAAAUUCCAGAAGAAUUUUGCAGCAGGGAUUUGGACCUGGACAGUGACCUGCAGUACCUCCUGCCCCGUCGGCAGGGUCCAGGCCUGUGUGCCACAGGGCUGGUCAGCUAUCUGGUGACUCUCCACAAUGAGUUGGUGAAUGCAGUGGACCAUCACACACGAGAGGACAGCAGUGACUACACAGUGAGUCUGACGGAGCUAACGGAGCAGCAUGUGAUCAGCUAUGAUGUGGAGAAGGACCUGCUUCCUCUGAUUUUGUCUAACUGCCAGUACAGCUUGGAAUGUGGCCACGAGACAAUGUCUGAGUAUGACCUGCCCAGGAUCCAACAGCAGAUCCUCACCCGCUUUCUGCAGGGAAAACCUCUCAUUACCCGCGCAGGAAUUCCCACGCUGGUCAAUAUGCAAGAGAGAGACUAUGAGACCAUUUUCAAAACUGUUCAUGGAAAAGUGCCACAGAGGGCUCUGUCCCGUUUGAUCUGGAACUCUGUGUCGAGACAGCUGGACUCCUACAGUGAGGUGUGUGAAGCACUGAAGAUUGUGGAGCUGCUUCUGGGUUAUCUCUCAAUGACUGGUGGUGAUCCCAAAAUGAAACUGGUCACUUACCUUCAGGAAAUACUAAAGAUGGACCAAAACAUUAAUCAGCACAUACUGAAGGCUUUUUGCAAAUGUGACCUCAGACACUGUGUUUGUCUGUGGCAAGUCCUGUCCUCUCUCAGAUCUGAAAAAAUGCUGCAACUCAAAAGGGAACCCUUUUCGGGGUAUCCAGCCGAGUACCAGGUGCCACUGACUGAGGAAAACAAGACUGAGCUGAAACGAUUCAUGUCCAGAGGAAAUGUGGACCAGUGGCUGCUUGAGAUGCACGAGUUCCUCUUGUUGCGUCUGGGCCGCCUACGAGCAACUGAGGACUACAAUCCAUCAUGGAGUCUGAAGGAGGCGGUCGGUGCCUACAUGGAUCUUAAAGAAGUAGAAGUCCCUCCUUACGUUGAGGAAAACUUCUCUGAAAAUGUGCAGCUGUCUCAUAUAAUUGAGACCUGGAAAUAUACCAUCACAGCCAAACAGGAGUUGAUGAAUGAGUGAUGACCUGAAUGAGUGCAUAGAGAGAUAUUAGUUAUCUAAAGAAGU